GGAUUAACGCAAGAAUGAAACACACCAACGUUCAGGUCGUGAUAAACCUGGGGGAAGGGGUGGAACAAAACAGGUUAAGCGGACAGACAAGGGGAGGAGACCAAGUUGGGAGAGUCUGACGCCCAAGAAGGAUUUACAGAUAUUUGUUAAACAAAGACAAUGACAGAAAGUGGAUGGUUGAUUCAGAGUGUGUUCAGGGAAAUGAUCUAGUUAUCUUCCGAAGAUUCCAUGAGAUGAGUUUCUUCCCUGUUAUACAGAGGAAGGAAACCGAGGCAGAAGGGUCACCAACAAUAAUGUCACCAACGCAAGGAUGCAAAGUGCAACCGAAAGAGGAGAGGGGACCUCUAGGUGGAAAAGACCCUGCAACCGAGAGAGCAGGAAAAACCUCUCUGGAAAAGACCCCGCAGAGACGCCCCCCAGACACUGUCAUUUAUGGGGGCGGGGAGGCAGAGCAGCGUGCAUUGACCUAUGACGUCAUUGGGACGUUACGUAGCGUAACAUCACCUGGACGCAGCCCCAUUUCCCUUCCAGGACAGGUCCUCCGGCGGUCUGGCAGGGUCUGAAUCAAGCCUCUCAUUGGCUACUCGUUCCGUCAAUCCGUCUCAUUCUUCCCGUCUUCCGCCCCGCCUUCCUGAGCCUGCAUCUGAUAGGCUGGCGCGGCCGUCAUUUCAGAAAGGUCCGCAAUCCUUCCGCCUUUCUCCGGGAGACCGAGAGCGAGGAGGGCGGGUGCUAAGCGGUGCCCACCCCCAGGGCUCUGCUUCCACCUCUGAUUGGCUGCUCUAGAUGCCGGUCGUUACGCCACCCGCCGCUGAUUAGCUAUCCGGCCGCCGCUCUGCGCGGCGCCGGCUCCGCCCCCGUCGGGUGUUUGUGGUGGGGCUGCGGAGUCGCCGAUCCCGCCGGAAGCGCCAGGACAAUGGGGACCCGGGACGACGAGUACGACUACCUAUUCAAAGUGGUGCUCAUCGGGGACUCGGGCGUGGGGAAGAGCAACCUGCUGUCGCGCUUCACCCGCAACGAGUUCAACCUGGAGAGCAAGAGCACCAUCGGCGUGGAGUUCGCCACCCGCAGCAUCCAGGUGGAUGGCAAAACCAUCAAGGCGCAGAUCUGGGACACCGCCGGCCAGGAGCGCUACCGUGCCAUCACCUCCGCGUACUACCGUGGCGCCGUGGGUGCCCUGCUGGUGUAUGACAUCGCCAAGCACCUGACGUACGAGAACGUGGAGCGCUGGCUCAAGGAGCUGCGGGACCACGCCGACAGCAACAUCGUCAUCAUGCUGGUGGGCAACAAGAGCGACCUGCGCCACCUGCGGGCCGUGCCCACAGACGAGGCCCGGGCCUUCGCAGAAAAGAACAACUUGUCCUUCAUUGAGACCUCAGCCCUGGAUUCCACCAACGUCGAGGAAGCUUUCAAGAACAUCCUCACAGAGAUCUAUCGCAUCGUGUCACAGAAGCAGAUCGCGGACCGCGCAGCCCAUGAUGAGUCCCCUGGCAACAACGUCGUGGACAUCAGUGUGCCGCCCACCACCGACGGCCAGAAACCCAGCAAGCUGCAGUGCUGUCAGAACCUGUGACCGGCCCCUCAUCCGAGCGUGCGUGCACGUCCUCGUCCUGCGUCCCCCUCACCACGCUGUGCCCCCUGCCCCACCCCCUCUGUCACUCUGUGCCUGGCUCCCGCCCUGCCAUGGAGCUCCACACGGCCAGGCAAGAACAGGAGUCCAGCGGCAGCUCCUGUCCUGCCCGAGGAGAGCUAGAAGCCCCAGCUGCUGCACCCGCUCUUCUUGGGGCCGGACAGGCCAGGGAGGGUGGCAGGAUGGAAGGCCCGGCCAGAGGCCAGGAGGAUGGGCACGGCGAGCAGGCUUCUCCAGUUUUCCACGGCAGACUCCAGGAAGCAAUUGCUUCCUUCCCUCUCUGGCCAGUUGGCCUAGCUGGCUCCCGGUCCCCACCCAGACCCCUCUCCGGGGACGAAGAGCAAUGCACCAGGGGGCCGGGGCAGGUGGACGCUCUUGGCUGGCGGUCCCGAUGCCCCGCGCAGCCAGCACCGCACGCGCCUCCGACCUCUCCCGUGCGUGCCACUCCAGCUCCCGCCUGCAGACGUGCGCUGGGAGCCCGGCUCCGUCUCCCCUCCUUUCUGCACGCCGCGCUCUCCCCGCCUCCCCGCGCCCCUCUCUGUCUCGUCUCCCGUCUGGUCAGGACCCCGUUUGCAAGUGAAGCAAUAUUUCCAUGUUUUGUAUAUACAACCGCUCCUGUAGCCUUUGGGUUUUGUUAUUGUAGAGAAACACAGAUUCUUUAUACACUUUGUAAGACUUACGCCAAGCCCUAGCUCUCGAUCUCUUAUUCGCCCCGUGGCCCCCGCACUGUUGCCCCGAUGCCUCGGUUCUCUCGCCCGUUACUAAAAUGUACAAUCCGACUUCCUGUACAGAAACCUGC